UUAACGUUACUAAAAUUCCCAUUGAAAAAGUUUUGUUAAUAUUGUUCUUGAAACAAUUUUUAACGGAAAGAGAAAAUGCAUCUUAUGUCGAACGAACUUUUUAUUUUGACAUCAGCGGCUCCAUUUUUUGCAAAUCUGUUUUUUACUACGUUAAACUAAACAUGCCAAAUGUGAAACAAGGCAUAGCUUAAAUACGGUUUUUCCAAAUAACUCGACCCUGGCGCUACCUAACGAGACCCCUUUUGGCAAAAAUGUUCCUGCUUACUUAACCAAUAUAUAUAUUAUAAAAAUCAGCUAAAUCGACCUAUAAAUAAGUUAGAUAUAGGACUUUUAUAUUUUUUCGAUAGACUUUUCGCUGGAAUCGCCCAUAUGUGGUACAAUACCAGAUUGCUGAAACGACGUUGACACAGAUUUGAUUAGCUUUAAGCUAUCAUUUGUCGAUUAGGAGUUUGAUAUUUCGCAAUCAUUUCGUCUGGUCUAUGCACUAGAAGAUAAGCUCUUCUUCGCUAUUUAAAAUUAUAUACAUACAUGUAUAAAUAAAUUUCAUCCAAGAUGACUGAAUACCCAUAGUUUAUAUCGUUACCAAUGCAGCUGGUAUCGAGACUGCUACAAGUAAAUAGUAACGAUUUUUGCUUAUAACAGUCGUUAGUUGAAUAUUUUUUUGGGUUAUACAUAUGAAUGCGGAGUAGACUUUACCGAUAUGCAUAAGAUUUUAGUAACUUGGUAUUCGGUACUCCUUCAAUAUAGACGGAAACUGAUCAUAUUAAAAUUGGAAAUUCCAUCACUAAAAUUUCGCUUUUCAAAGAUAUUUUAUAUUUUUCUGAUUUAUUUUGUUAAAUUGUACAAAUUUUAUACAUAUGUAACUAGUUAAAACUUAAACAAUAUUUAGACAAGAUAGUUUUAAGGCGUAGUUUUAGUACAAUGGAUGACGACAUAAUCGAUGUAAACUGUAAUCCAAAAAAACCACGUGAUAUAAACCUUGAACAUAUCACCACGGCCGAUUUACUUUUAAAGGGAGAAGUGGUGCAGACGCCAUGCACGGUAUUGAAUUCCGAUAUGCAUAGUUACUUGUAUAGAAAUUUUUAUGUUCAAAUUCUCUUCCAGCGUGCUGCAAAUUCUCCUGCUUAUAAUAUGGAUUUGUAUUUCAAGAAAGAAUUCAUGCAAGUAACAGGUAGUUUCAAAGAACGUGGCGCACGUUUUGCCCUACUUCUACUAUCCGAUAGGCAGAAGGAAAUUGGCGUUGUUUCAGCCUCAACCGGAAAUCAUGCUUUGGCCAUAAGUUAUCAUGGAAAUCAACUAAAUAUACCUGUUACUGUGGUAAUGCCCACCUGCACUUCCCGUUGGAAAAUCGAAAAAUGCCGCUCAUAUAAAGCAACUGUCAUUAUUGAAGGUCGCGACAUUGCCGAGUCCAGAAUAGUCGCAUUGGUCUUGGCCAAGGAGCGUCAAUUGGAAUAUAUUAAUGGCUACGAUCAUCCACAUGUUAUUGCUGGUUGUGGCACCAUUGGAUUUGAGGUUCUAAAUCAAGUACCAAAAAUCGAUGCUAUAGUUGUGCCAAUUGGUGGCGGCGGACUUAUAGCAGGAAUGGCCUUAACCGUUAAGAUGGCAUCACCAAAUACGAAGAUUAUUGGCGUGGAACUAGAAAAAUGUCCCAGCUUUACGCGUGCUCUGGAGAAUAAGUCACCAAUUUAUACGGCACCAAAUAGCUCAGUGGCUGAGGGUUUACUGGUGCCAACAGUGGGUUGUAAUGCCUUCCCUAUGGCAAACACAUUAAUCGACAAGUUAGUGGUGGUACGCGAGUCUUGGAUAACUCUAGCCAUGCUGCGGCUGGUUGAAGAAGAAGGGUGUAUAGUCGAAGGUGCUGCUGCCGUGGGCUUGGCAGCAAUAUUGGCGGGACAAUUGAAUGAGUUGCAAAUGAAAAGGGUCGUGGUUCUACUUACUGGCUGCAACACAGAUGUGGUGUCCUUCGGACGAGCUCUAGAACGCGGCUUGUUCGCAGAGCGUCGUUUAUUGCAGGCUGAUAGUGAUGAAAGUGAGCGCGAAGGUGGCUUACUCGAACUUUUGGAAAAACUUUCGAAACAUGGUUUAGCAGUUAAUGAUUUAUUGUCCGAGACUGUCUGGUUAAAGUUAGCCUACAAGAUGGAAGUGGUACUCGGUGCCAUUGAACCAAACCUGUUGGGCCGUACUCUCACCCACGAGCAUCUGGCAUUGGAUUUCGAGGGAUUCUACUGUGAACCACCUGAGGAAUUCAAAUCGUAUUUAAACAAAAAAAUUAGCCUUGAAACGAUCGGCUACGUACGUCAAUAUCCCUACUCGUCGCAUGAAAAUGUUCACUUCUAUGGCGAAGAGGUUAGCGAAGCGGUCAAGAAAGAUGUGGCGCUAUAUAAGAAAUUAGGUGGCGGUUCAAUAGUGGAAAAUAGUUCACAUGGACUAAAACGCAAUUUAGAACAUUUUGUCGAUGUGGCAAAAAGCACUGGAGUGCACAUAAUCGCUGGCACUGGCCAUUAUGUACACAAUUUGCAGGAGAAGGACCAUUUGAGUAUGUCCGUUGAGCAAAUGACCGAUUUGUAUUCAAGAGAAAUCAUCACUGGUGUUGAAGUGGAAGGUAUCGGCAUGGUGAAAUGUGGUUACAUUGGUGAAGUGGGUAGUGUCUAUCCGCUACAUGAUUUUGAAAAGCAUGCAAUACGCGCAACCGGUGAAAUACAAGAAGUACUCGGUUGCGGUGUUUCAUUUCAUCCAGGACGUGAUGUAGAGGCGCCAUUCGAGAUAAUGCGUCUGUACUUGGAAGCUGGUGGACGCGCUGACAAAGCCAUUAUGUCGCAUGUGGAUCGCACCCUUCUCGAUGUCGAUCAAUUGCUUGAGUUCUCUAAAUUAGGCAGCUAUAUUCAAUACGAUCUCUUUGGUACCGAGUGUUCAUUCUAUCAACUUAAUCCUGUCGUUGAUAUGCCAUCGGAUGGUCAGCGUAUUUCUAAUGUUUUGAAAUUGUUAGAGGAAGGUUUAGCGAACAGAAUAUUAUUGUCUCAUGAUAUACAUACCAGACACCGAUUGACUUCGUAUGGCGGUCAUGGCUACCAUCAUGUGUAUAUGAAUGUUUUGCCACGUCUGUUCGCAAAAGGUGUUUCUGUUGAGGAUGUGGAGCAGAUAACUGUAACAAACCCUGCAAAUUGGCUGCAAUUCAACAUCUAAUCGUGAUGUUUAUGGGCUUAUUUUUAACUAUACGUGUCAAAGGUUUAUUCUAUUUAAUAAUUAUACAUAUUCUACGAUGGUUUCAAAAAGUGUUGUUACAAAUUAUUAUUAUAAAGUUUGGCCUGAAGUUUAUUUAAAUUAAA